CUGCGCCACAGCGUCCGGGGCGGAGCAUGUCCCCGCUUCCCGUCGUGCCCCACGUCUGGCGGGCUAGGCCGUUGCCAUGUCGGCGGCGGAGCCCUCCGUGCUGUGCCUGUUCGACGUGGAUGGCACCCUCACCGCGCCGCGACAGAAAAUCACGGCGGAGAUGGCGGCGUUCCUGCAGGAGCUGCGGCGGAGGGUGAAGGUCGGAGUGGUGGGAGGCUCCGACUUCGAGAAGAUCAAGGAACAGCUCGGGGAUGACGUGGUUGAAAAAUUUGACUACGUUUUUCCAGAAAAUGGCCUUGUAGCUUACAAAGAUGGGAAAUUCUUGUGCAAACAGAGCAUUCAGGGGUACCUGGGCGAAGACAUACUUCAGGAUCUGAUCAACUACUGUCUGAGUUACAUUGCGAAGAUUAAACUGCCAAAGAAAAGGGGCACUUUUAUUGAGUUCCGAAAUGGGAUGUUAAAUGUGUCCCCCAUUGGAAGAAGCUGCAGCCAGGAAGAACGAGUUGAGUUCUAUGAACUUGAUAAAAAGGAACAUAUAAGAGAGAAAUUUGUAGCUGAUUUACGAAGAGAAUUUGCAGGAAAAGGCCUCACGUUUUCUAUAGGAGGCCAGAUAAGCUUCGAUGUGUUCCCAGAUGGCUGGGAUAAGCGGUACUGCUUAGGAAUCGUUGCCAAUGAUGGAUACAAGACCAUUUAUUUCUUCGGAGAUAAGACUAUGCCAGGAGGGAACGACUAUGAAAUUUACACAGACUCCAGAACAGAAGGCCACAGUGUCACAUCCCCACAGGAUACAAGAAGAAUCUGUGAAGAGCUCUUUUUUAAAUAAAAGACUUUUAGGAUUCACACUGAUAAAAUGGUUAAGACACGCUAAUAACUCAAA